AUGUUAAAGAAAAGCAAGUUCGAGCGUCGCAUUCUGUUCUCAGUGUCUUCGAACCGAGAAGAGAUAGUGGCCAAGCUGAUCAGAUACACUGCGAGGGGCGUUAGCACUAGCUUCGGCAUCACCCUAGCUGCUUCCAGACUGUAUCCAGAAAUGGGACGAGCUCUUCUUGCAACAGGACGGGACAUGGUCUACUCUUGCGAAUGGCCCUUCUACCAAAUCAUAUCCGGUAUACUGCCCGACUACAAGAACGUAUCCAAGAACUGCAACUUGUGGAGGAAUUACUUUGAUAUUAGCUACACGUCGGAGGGCAUUACUAAUAUAACAAACUUCGAAGCAUCCAUUCAGGACAUUGCAGCAAGUGUGUCUGGACCCGGUGCCUGGACUGACCCCGACAUGCACGUUAUUGGAAACUUUGGUUUGACAAUUGAGCUACAACGGGCACACAUGGCGUAUUGGGCCGUCAUGGCCGCACCACUGAUCAUGUCCAACGACCUCAGGCACAUCGCGCAGGAAUCUAGGGAUCUCUUGCUGAACAAGUAUAUCAUCGCCAUCAACCAAGAUCCACUUGGAUUUAUGGGAAAGCGCAUCCAUAAAUUAGCAAAAAACCUCGACAUCUGGACUCGCUGGGAGACUCCGGAACUUGCCGAUGGAAGACGGUCGCUCGCCGUCCUUGUGUACAACACAAAAAAUCUCGGUGGUCCCGUACAGACUUCCAUCACGCUCCAGAGCCUGAACUUGGACAGUCCCCUGGGGUACCUCGUCACAGAUCUCAUCCGCAACAAUGCCAUCGUCGGAAAGUUUUAUCCAGAGCAAAGCAUCAACGUCACCGUUGCCCCUAUGGACGUGUUCUUCUUCAAGGCUACCGCUCUCAGUGGCUUGCACGAUGCAGUUUUCUAGAACGCUUUUUUUUCUCAAUCGUCGUCUUAUUUCGGUCCCUUCGUCUAAGUUAUGCGACAGUAAUUUACUAGCGUUUAUCACGUUGCGUACGGAAAUCUAACAUCUCCACACUUCGCGAUGUUGUCAUAGCUCAUUUUACAAGUCUAAUUCAAUUAUAAUGCAAAUGUAACGAGCUUGAGUUUAACGAGCAAGUUUAGCGAGCCUGAAAACGAACACAAAAUAGGGGGAAAAUACUGGAAACUGAGAAUCGGCAGUGACUGCCUUGGUAAAAACAACGGAUAACUUUGAAAACUUAUUGAAUCGGGUGGAAAUCGAAGCGAACGGUAAAAAUAAAGUGGCGUGUAUUGUGCUAACACUGCUCCUUUCAUCGUAACGAAGAGUCUAGAAAUGGAAAUAGAAGAGGCGGUCUAGAAAGCACGAAAAUAAAGUCUGC